AUGGCUCCCCGCGCGGAAUUCAGCACCGAGCAGAUCCGGGGCAAAGCUCGAAAGGACCUGCUCUACCUGCUCGAGGGUGUCCGCGGCAAGAAGAACCUCGUGUUUGAUCGCAGCCUUGUCGGCCCCAUCGGUACAAUCGUCAAGGUCGCCACGCUCCAAGAGUACGGGGUCGACAAAUUCUUCAUCUUGGAGAAUAAUAAUGUGGACGCGAGCCAGCGCAAUGUCGUCUUUGUGGCCAGAGGCGAGUGCGGUCGGCAUGCCGAGGCCAUAGCAGUGAGUGAGCUGACGCAACGUGCCCCUCCAGCGCAGAUCAAGCGAAUUCAGCGUGAGAGCCAGACAACUCAUGACUUCCACAUAUUCUGGGUGCCACGUCGCACCCUUGUGUCCGAUCAACUACUCGAAGAAGCCGGCGUUCUAGGCGAUGUCAACAUAUCUGAACUGCCCCUGCUCUUCUUCCCGCUCGAAGAAGACGUUCUAUCGCUUGAGCUGGAGGAUUCCUUCAAGGACCUCUACCUGUCCAAAGAUGUCACACCAAACUUCCUUAUGGCCAAAGCGCUCAUGGAAGUGCAGCAAAACCACGGCCUGUUUCCAAGAAUCAUUGGAAAAGGUGACAAUGCGAAGCGGGUAGCAGAUCUCCUCGUCCGCAUGCGUCAAGAACGGCUGGCGGGUGAAGAUGGGAGCGACGUCAAAACAGCGCUGACGCCCAGCACCACGAACGAGAGUGUCAUCAUCAUCGACCGUGAAGUCGAUUUUGUUACCCCACUACUCACGCAGCUGACAUAUGAGGGACUCAUUGAUGAGAUUUUUGAAAUUCAAAAUAACCAGGCCAAGGUAGACACAACCAUCGUCGGGGCACCGGCGCAAUCUUCAGCGGCCACCUCACAAAGCAGAAAGCGGACGGUACAGCUCGAUUCCAGCGAUAAGCUAUAUGAGCAAUUACGAAACGCCAAUUUCGCCAUCGUGGGCGGACUGCUCAACAAGGUCGCCCGGCGUCUGCAAAAGGUACAAUCAGAUUACGAGAGCAAGCACAAGACGAAGACGAUUGCCGAGCUGAAAGACUUCGUGAGCCAACUGCCUGGCUACCAACAAGAGCACCAAAGCGCGAGGAUACACACCGGCCUUGCUGAGGAAAUCAUUAAACACACACGAACCGAUUUAUUCAAGGGCCUUCUCGAAGUCCAACAGAAUCUCGCUGCCGGUGCCGACCCAUCGUCUCAAUUCGACGGCAUCGAAGAGCUCAUUGCUAGAGAUGCUCCCUUGCGGGAGACUCUUCGUUUGCUCUGCAUCUACUCGUGCAUAUCUGGAGGAAUAAAACCCAAGGAUUUCGAGCAGUUUAAGCGUCUGAUUCUGCAAGGAUAUGGCUACCAACAUCUGCUCACACUUAACAAUCUUGAGAAGCUGCAGUUGUUUCUAUCGCGCUCUUCUCCACUAGCGGGAAUGAUCCCGAUGGCGGGCAAUGCUGGCGCCGACGGCAACAAGACCAACUACACAUACCUACGAAAGCAGCUGCGUCUUAUUGUCGACGAAGUGCAGGAAGACGACCCCAACGACAUUGCAUACGUUUACAGCGGCUAUGCUCCUCUUUCCAUCCGACUCGUACAAUGCGUUCUUCAGAAGCAGUAUCUAUUGUCUAUUACAAAAGGAAAUGGCGCAGCGAAUGCCAGCGGUACUGUCCCUGGUGCGGGAGCCCAAGGAUGGCACGGAUUUGAUGAAGCCGUCAAGCAUGUCAGGGGCCAGACUUUCUAUGAGCUUCAGAAGGGCGAGGAUAAAGCCGUCAAAGCUAGAACCCUGUUAUCCGGCAGUGGACACAAGCAGACGGUCUUUGUCGUCUUCAUCGGAGGUGUUACGUUUACAGAGAUCGCCGCGCUAAGAUUCAUCGCGAAGCAGGAGGAGGUAAUCUGUGCGACUUCUAUAAUCAGCGGGAACAGGAUGAUGGAUGCGGCAACCGAGAAAGAGGCGUUCGCCCGCAAAGAGGCGACGCUGCCCAACAGCCCAUAG